AUGGCUCGCAAUCUUCUCCCACUGCACAAGAAGGACGGGCCGCCCCGGCGUGCAAACGGUCACAUUCCGAACGCGAGGCACAAACGAACGAACGAUCCCAGCGAAGCCCAGAAGACGGCUUCACGAUGGGGCAUAUCCAACAAAUGGCGCAACGAGUUGGUAGCCGCUGCGGCCGAAUUUGCAGGGACCUUCAUGUUCCUGUUCUUUGCAUUCGGAGGCACACAGGUUGCCAACUCGGCGGCUUCUGCUGACAAUGCUGCGACCGCUGGGCAGCAGAACAACAGUAUCACUCAGGUGCCAAAUACAAGUGUGCUGCUAUAUAUCAGCUUGAUCUUUGGGUUCAGCUUGAUGGUUAAUGUAUGGGUCUUCUUCAGAGUCAGUGGAGGGCUGUUCAAUCCUGCCGUAACACUAGGUCUCUACAUGGUGGGCGCCCUCACCGUAACCCGCGCUAUUCUCUGCUUCAUCUCCCAAAUGCUCGCCGGCAUUUGUGCCGCAGCCGUCAUCUCCGCCCUCCUCCCCGGCCCCUUGAACGUCGGCACGACGCUCGGCUCCGGCACUUCUAUCACGCAAGGCGUCUUUCUCGAGAUGUUCCUUACCUCUCUCCUGGUCUUCACUAUCUUUAUGCUCGCUGCCGAGAAGCACAAAUCCACAUUCCUCGCCCCUGUCGGUAUUGGCCUUGCGCUCUUCGUCGCCGAACUCGUCGGUGUCUACUUCACAGGCGGCUCCUUGAAUCCCACCAGGUCAUUUGGCCCAUGCGUCGUCACGCAUGAGUUCCCAGGGUACCACUACAUCUAUUGGUUCGGCCCGCUGAUGGGCACGCUUUUGGCGUGGGGCAUGUAUAGGAUCGUGAAGAGCGUGGAGUAUCAGACUGUGAACCCUGGACAGGACUUCGACGACCACGAGGCAGCGCUGUUCCACCCACCCGAUGAUCCAGAGAGCAAGGAGCAGGUAGAGAGGCCGAAUGUGGCGGCUAUUGCGACUCAAGAGGCGGUCCAAGAGGCGGUUAGAGUUACGAGUCAGUCGACUGACAGGCGCUCGGAACGGUAUGAUGGUAUGGAGAGGACGAUAUCAGGAGAUAUACACCCUGGCUACGAGAACCAUGUGCCGAGGAGGAGCCACGAGGUACAGGGGAACUCGUACCUUGGACGUACGGGUCAUGCUGGAAAUGUUGCGUAG